AUGGCCUUUGGAGAACGACUCUGUAAAGAUGAAGACAGUGAGCUAUUAACAGAGUUCUGCCAGUGUGAGCAUGCACAAGGCUUUGAGACAGCUGUUGGGAACUGGGUAGAGAAGGGAUGCCAGAGUCUGCCAGUCAGUCAUGUGCAAGGAUUUGUGGUGCUAGCACCCAGAUUCCCAUUUCAAGUCUCUCUACCCCAGCUCUUUCCUCUGCAGUUUCUUCUCUACCUUACCCUGCUCACGGGUCUGCACGAUGACGCUGAACUUGACAGCAUAGUUGUGCAAGGCAAGGAGGUGCUUUGGCGAAAGCGUCCUUCCUGGAGGAGAACUCUGGCCAUCUUCUUCUUGCCACUUGUCUUCUCAGGUCUUGGUCCUCACUCUGAAUUCAGAGAUGACAUGUUUAAAGUGUCUCCUGCCAGGUUUAGGUGGUCUCGUCUGACCCCUUCCAAGCUGAAGGAGAGAUCUGUAGGACUUAGCACUGAAAAGAAUGCUCAGGGCCAAGUGUACUUCACCCUGGACGGUCACAAGUUCAUGAUCAUUGGAGGCUCCAUCCACUACUUCCGAGUGCCCAGGGAGUAUUGGAAGGACCGCUUGCUGAAGCUUCAGGCCUGUGGUUUCAACACUGUCACCACCUACAUCCCUUGGAACCUCCAUGAGCAAGAGAAGGGGAAAUUUGACUUCUCUGAGAUCCUGGACCUGGAGUAUGUGAUCAUUCUGUUACUGCUGCUUUUCAACCAUCAUCUGUUUGCUUCUCAGUACCACCAUGGUGGCCCUGUUAUUGCUGUCCAAGUAGAAAAUGAAUAUGGGUCAUUUGGUAAAGAUGGGAGCUACAUGGAAUACAUUAAGGAGGCUCUGCUGAAGAGAGGGAUUGUAGAGUUCCUCUUGACCUCAGAUAAUGACAGUGGGAUGGAGACUGGCUCUGUCGAAGGAGCAUUGACUACUCUCAACAUGGCAGCCUUUGAGAAGGAUUCUUUUCUUAAGCUUCAACAAAUGCAGAAUGAUAAACCCAUUAUGGUCAUGGAAUACUGGACGGGCUGGUAUGACACAUGGGGGCAAAGACACAAUGUUAAAAGUGCAACUGAAAUCCAACUUACUGUGUCUAGAUUUCUCCGAUCUGGAAUCUCCUUCAACAUGUAUAUGUUCCAUGGCGGAACCAACUUUGGUUUUAUCAAUGGAGCCCAGAGUAUCUACCAGCACCGAGGUGUUGUGACUAGCUAUGACUAUGAUGCCGUGCUGACCGAGGCUGGAGAUUACACAGAAAAGUAUUUCAAGCUGCGGAAACUUUUUGCUUCUGCUUCAGCAGGUUCCCUGCCUCGGUUGCCUCCUCGUACUCCCAAGACUGUAUACCCAACUGUGGGUCUAUCAUUCUACUUGCCAUUGUUUGAAAUCCUACCGUACUUAAACAAGCCUGUCAUGUUAUACUAUCCAGAUACCAUGGAGAAUCUUCCAAUAAACAACGGCAGUGGUCAGCCCUUUGGACUGGUCCUCUAUGAGACUUCCAUCUGCUCUGGUGGCCAGCUCUAUGCUCACGUCCGUGAUUCGGCACAGGUGUUCUUGAAUGACACAAGGAUAGGAGAUCUGGAUGAGGAUACUUUUGACCUGACUAUUCCUCAAAUUCAGGAUUGUCAGCUUCUGAGGAUCCUGGUUGAGAACCAAGGCCGGGUAAAUUUUUCAUGGAAAAUACAACAUGAGUGGAAAGGCAUAGAUGGGAAUGUUAAAAUCAAUGGCACUUUGUUGAGAAAUUUCACCAUCUAUUCGCUGGACUUGAAGAUGAGUUUCUUCAAGAGGCUCCAUUCUGCCACCUGGAGGCAUGCACCUGAGCAUUAUCUAGGUCCUGCCUUCUAUAGGGGGACCUUGAAGGCUGGCUCUUCCCCCAAGGAUACCUUCUUGGACCUUUCAAACUGGCACUAUGGGUUCGUGUUCAUCAAUGGACGCAAUCUCGGAAGAUAUCAGGACAUUGGGCCUCAGAGGACACUGUACCUUCCUGGCCCCUGGCUUCAGCCGAAAGACAAUGAGAUCAUCAUGUUUGAGAUGAUAGAGAAGGGUUUUUACAUCCGAACUACAAACAAACCCCAGCUGCAAGGCUAGGACAACACAAGUCUUGGAUUGUUGGAGCCAUCCCAGAAUGUUUCGACAGGAUUUUGAUCACUGCUAAGAAUAUCAAACAUCGAGUUGCGCGCAGAAAAAUACAACACUACCCUUAAUU